CUAGACGUUUUUUAGGAGGUGAGUGCCUCCCUCGCAUUCCGUACAGCUUGUUGUGGUUCGGCCUCGCGCACUGCAGGUGGUCGAUCGCCUUGCAGCGGUUUCAGCACCCUUCCUAUCCUUCACGCUCCACCCCUCGCCAAUCGCGUUGUUUCUGAGACUCUUUUAGGAAUUUGUUGCGUUGUGGCACAGACGUCUCUAGAACGACACUUGCGUUGUUUUCGAGUUGAAGUAUAUCGCGUUGUUCGGCGUUGGGACGAACGGCUGCGAUGGCAGCGGGAGAUGCGGCGAUGGAGCUGGAGGGGCAGUGGCGAGAUCUGGACCGUCUGUUGCUGCGACCAGGGAUGCUCGUCGGACCUGGAUUCGAACCUUCACCGGAGAUUCGCGAGUUCCUCAAGUCUGACUGCCGCGUGCUGGUGGUGGGGGCGGGCGGCCUAGGCUGUGAGCUUCUCAAGGACCUGGUGCUGUCGGGGUUUGGGAGCAUCGAUGUGAUCGACAUGGACACCAUCGACGUCUCCAACCUCAACCGCCAGUUCCUCUUCCGCCCUGCCGACGUGGGCAAGCCCAAGGCAGUGGUGGCAGCAGAGCGUGUCAUGAGCCGAGUGGGGGGGGUCAAGGUAACGCCCCACUUCUGCCGCAUCGAGGACAAGCCCGCGUCGUUCUUCAGCGACUUCAAUAUCAUAGUGCUCGGGCUGGACUCCCUCGAGGCGCGCUCCUACAUCAACAGCCUCGUCUGCGGCUUCUUAGAGUACUCUGCGGAUGGCGAGCUGGAUCUAGCGUCCAUCCGUCCCAUGGUAGACGGCGGCACGGAGGGCUUCAAGGGCCAUGCGCGAGUGAUCAUCCCGGGAGUGACCCCGUGCUUCCAGUGCACGCUGUGGCUCUUUCCCCCCCAGACCAAGUUCCCCCUCUGCACCCUGGCUGAAACCCCCCGCUCGCCCGCUCACUGCAUCGAAUAUGCGCACCUGAUUCAGUGGGGAGAGGAGCGGCCAGGGGAGAGCUUUGACUCAGACAACUUGGAGCACAUAGAGUGGAUCUACCAGAAGGCUCUCAUUCGCGCACAGCAGCACAGCAUUGCUGGGGUCACUCUCUCCCUCACCCAGGGAGUGGUGAAGAACAUUAUCCCCGCUAUAGCAUCAACCAACGCCAUCAUAUCAGCGGUGUGUGCACUGGAGACUCUCAAGAUCGCUACAAUGUGCUCCGCUGGCAUGAAUAACUACGUGAUGUACGUGGGCACACAGGGUGUCUACUCCCACACCGUCGCCUAUGAGCGCGACCCCGAGUGCAUUGUGUGUAGUGCUGGAGUCCCUGUCACCGUGCCCUCCACCGCUUCUCUGCAGCAGUUCAUUGACCAGCUAUUGGCCGACCCUCGGUUCGCUGCCCGUUUGCAAGCGCCGUCCGUCUCGUUCUACGGGUCCAAUCUCUACAUGCGCGCCCCUGCGGUGCUCGAAGAGGCAACUCGGCCGAACCUUUCCAAGCCACUCAAAGAGCUCAUGGAUGGAGUGGGCUGUGCGAACGGGGAGGAGGGUGGGGAGAAGAUGGGUGUUAUAGCUGGAGGGGUGUUGAAUGUGAAUGAUAAGAAGCUAGCAGGUGUGCUCAGAGUGAGGGUCUCUUUUAAAGACGAUUAACAAAUGCAGAUAAUAUUCUAGACGCUUAUCUGUGCAAGGCUGGUGUGGUGUGGGUUCAAAGGCGUUUAUGGGAGGCAAUUUUGGCUCUAAUACAGGUUGUUUCGCGAUAUCGCUGCUGGCUUUUGUGCGUGGCGCGCAAGCCCUGACUGAACAAGUGAGCCUGCUGGCAAGUCUUUCAGGCAAGGGGGCUGCCGGAACUCUCAGCCUGCUCGUUCAAAAAAAUGCCACAAGAUACAAUCUCCGCUACACUCUCGUGCUUACCGGAACAGCCACUGCACCCAAACGGAUCGCCUUAUAUCAGAGACAGCAGCAGCAGCCCAGUAUCGCCAUCCUCCUCCCCCCCCUCGCCUGCUCCCAGCCCGUUCCAUCCGUGUGGCACUGCUCCUCCGCUGCUGCUGCUUCUUCGGCCUCUCCUUCCCUCCCUGCUGCUCCUCUUGCCGCCCUCUUUGCUGCUGCUGGUGGUGGUGCAAAUGGUGGGGCUGCAAGUGAUAGCAGCAACACUGCCAGUGGCAACAGUGGCAUUGGGUUCUCUGCUACGGUAGUGGGCGCUGGAAGCAGCACCAUUGGCGCGCUUACUCGAGCCAAGG